AUGCCUCAUCAUGCCUUCCCUUUAUUCUCUCUUCCCUAUCUUCCACUCAAAAAAGUUCUGAAUAACUUUGGAGUUCACGCUAUAUUAUAUCUCUCCAUGUGCUCUCUGAGAUCAAAACGUAUUGCAGUUUCCUACAGAGGACCUUCAAAAAAUGUAAAGUUGACACUUCACUUUGGUUAUAAGCACUGUCUGUCUUUGGCUACAAAUACUUUCUGUAUGGAAGAAGGACUAAGCACAUAUUGGCUUCUAAGUGUAGAAAAUCGAUCGGAGUUCUCUUCUGUAGAUCGAAACCUGGCUACUGUAAGAAUCGGAAAUUUCUGUAAAAUUCCCGUUGAAAAGGGAAGAUUAGGCUUGAGUACAUAUUGGGAUGAUUGUAUGGUUGGAAUCACUGAAAUCGGAGAUUAUGCUCGUGAAGUAUUUAAUCAGGAUAUUUAUGAAGUGAUGCUUGGAGAGAAACUACCAGAAGAUGUUUAUGAACGGGCGGCCGAGUAUGUCACAAAAUCACAAGAGACUAUUCAUAGCCUUCGCUGUGACUUCAAACCAGAAAUCGAUAAUGAUCUCGAUUUCAUACUUGAAAAUUUCAAAUACACUGAAAUACUCGCACUUGACGUGAAUCCAUCUCCCGAAUAUUGUCCAGCAAAAUUUCCAAAUUUCAACGUCGACCAUCUGCAUAUUUUAUACAGUUUUUGGGUCAAACAGGAGCAUUUAUUAACGAUGAACUGCAAGUAUAUAAUUUUGCAAGAGUCGGAAUUGAGCAGCAAUGACUUCAAUGUGUUCCUGAAACACUUUAUGAAUGGAGGAUGUUCUCAGUUGAAAGAAUUUAGUGUUGAUGUCAAGACACCGAUUGAUUAUGAAGUUGUAUUGAAUGAUGUGGAGUUUGAAGAAAGAGCUAGAGAUGUGGAGAGAGUUUAUGUCGAUGAAGAAGAACACCACCAUACUCUAAGAGGCGGUCUCGAUAUCAAACGACCAAGUGAUGAUGCCAAAGUGACUAUCAAGAAUUUCUCGAAACACUUUUUGAUGAUUGUUUGGCCAGAUUUCGUUGGAAAUUCCUACUGA